AAUCGUUGAUUGUAGUCGUCGUGGUCGUCGAUAGUUGUGAUUAUUUCCGAACUCUAUUUAGUAAUUCCGAACUUCUGACGGGUUUGUACUCUAUUUUCCGGCGUCUAGGCUUACAGCUGAACUGUUAGUUGGUGGUGAAAUCCUGGCACAGGUUUUACAAAUGUGAAUAACAGAGAAAGUGAAGUUAAAAUUACAGGCACAGAUUCCAGAAAAGAUAUCGGGGAAGGCACCUAAUCAAUCAGGGCCUCAGUUGCCUGGCCUGAUUCAACUGAAUGGAAAUGCCCUGCCUCAGAUGCCAAAUAUAGGAGUUUGUACAACUAUGGAUCCUGAAUUUCUUAGAGCUCGUUCUUUAACUCUAGAGAAAAUAUAUAAUAUACUAUUGCAGCGGUACCAGCAUCCCGUUACAGAAGCACAUAGAAGGAAGGUUAAGGAUCUUGCAAAACGCCUCGAAGAGGGCAUGUUUAAAACUGCUAUUUCUAAGGAGGACUACAUGAACUUGGACACACUAGAGAGUCGCUUAUCUAAUUUCCUUAGAAGGUCAUCUAUGACUAAUCACAACCAACAACAUCCACAGCUUGUUAGCUCUUCUCCAAUUGGUACAAUGAUACCAACCCCUGGUAUGUCGCAUGUUACAAAUUCAACCAUGAUCAUAGCAUCUUCUGUGGAUGCCUCAAUGAUUGCUGCCGGUGGGUGUAACAGCAUAGCAUCCUCAUCUGUCAAUAGUGUAAGCAUGUUACCUGCUGGUAACAUGCUUGGAAGCUCUUUAAAUAGAUCUGAUGGAGGAAACAUGUCAUCAGUGGGGGUGCCAAGAGCUACUAGCCAGAUGAUUCCAACUCCAGGAUUUAGUGUCAGUAAUAAUCGUUCAUAUACAAAUCUGGAUCCUUCAACUAACAGCAGUUCUUUUUCCGCUGUUGAUUCUACAAAACUAUCUCAGUCACAGUCACAACCGCAGCGGCACCAGAAGCUGCAAGAUAGUGGCCACAACAAUCAUGCAUUGCACAACCUUGGCAGUCAAAUGGAUGGUGGAAUGAGAUCUGAUUUGCUGCAAAAUUCAUUUGCAUAUCCAAAUGAUUCUAUAAAUAAUGGGCUAGGCUUGAUUGGAAACAGCAUACAACUUGCAAAUGAACCUGGCACUGAUGACUAUUCUUCAGCGUACACUAAUUCCCCUAAACACUUACAGCAGCACUUUGAUCAAAAUCAACAACUGGUAGUGCAGGGUGACAGAUAUGGAUUGCUUAAUGCUGACACUUUUACUUCUGUAAGCUUUUAUGCAUCUGCGACAUCCUCUGGGUCUAUGAUGAACACUCAGAACAUGAAUGCAGUAAAAUUGCCAUCAAUACCCAUUACCAGCUCACUGAUAAGUGGUCAUUCAAAUUUGAACAGUAUGCAUCAGACUUCUCAUCAAAAGUCUCAGGCAAUAAAUUCAUUGAAAAAUUUAAAAUACCAGUCUUCAUUGACUUCAAGAGAUGGUCAUGUGCAUACUCAACAGCAAUAUGAGCAAAGACCCCAACAAUGUCACCAGUCAGAGCGGUAUGCUCCACAGCAAUUUCAACUGAAGCUGCAAGGUCAGCAACCUCAGCAUUUGGUCAACAAUGAUGCCUUCUCUCAGUCUCAGCUCUCUUCCAAUCUAGACAAUAUAGUAAAGUCUGAGUCUGGAGUUGAACCACAUAAAGAAGUUCUUGAUUCUCAGCUUUCUGAACAGUUCCGUGUAUCUAAGAUGCAGAACCAGUUCCAGCAAAUUUCUUCUAAUGAUUGCUCUAAGGUUGCUCAACAUUUUUCAUUGGGCCAGAACGACUCAUCCUCAUCACCACCUCAGAUUUCACAACAAAUGUUGCAUCCACAUCGAUUGCUUUCAGAGUCACAAAAUAAUUUUAGCUGUCUUUCAGCUGGGUCACAAUCCACAUCCAUACUUAUAAAUCAAUGGCCUCGAUCACUAGAUGGACACCACAUUCCUCAGGGUAUGCCACAUGAACAGCAUCUUCCCAUGGAUUUUCAUCGAAGAAUAUCAGGGCAGGACGUAGCUCAAUGCAAUACUUUAUCAUCAGAUGGAUCUAUUAUUGGUCAAGCUGUUGCUCCCAGAAGCUCAACUGAGCAGAUAGACCCAAGCAGUAAUAUAAAGAAGUCACACAGGAAUCAACAGAGGUGGCUUUUAUUUUUAUUUCACGCUCGUCACUGUUCUGCCCCAGAAGGACAUUGCCUAGAACGCCAUUGUUCUACUGCACAAAAGUUAUGUAAUCACAUAGAUGGAUGUACUAUACCUUAUUGUCCAUAUCCUCGUUGUCAUCAUACCAGGAGAUUGCUUCUUCAUUUCAUAAAAUGCAAUAAUCCACAUUGCCCUGUUUGUGUUUUGGUAAGAAAGUAUCGGCAUGCAUUUCAACUUAAGCCCAAAAUUUGGUCAGAUCCUGAAUCAUGUUUGGCAAAUGCUUUAAAUGGAUCCUGCGAAUCCUAUAAUGUGGUAGGCCCAUCACCUAGAUUGAUCUCGAAGUCUCCACUAGUGGUUGAAACUUCAGAAGACCUACCAUCUCUAAAGCGUAUGAAAACUGAGCAGUGCACCCAGUCCAUUAAUCCUGAAUAUGACAAUUCUUCUUCAUCUGUUCUAAAUUGUGACUCACGGGAUUCAAAGGAUACUCAGUGCCAAGUCUAUCUCAGUGGUGAAAUGUCUAUAUCAACUAAAUCUGAGCCUACUGAAGUUAAAGAAGAAGUUCUGGUGCAUUCAAUUCAUGAAAAUCUUAGUGAGACAAAAAUGGAUGAGGAUAGUGCACAUGAUAAAAUGCCCACUGGUAAGCCUGUCACACAUACUGAGCCAGCUAAUAUAGCUAGGCCAGAAAAUAUUAAAACUGAGAAACAAAGUGGACAAGAUAAGCAAGAAAAUGUGGACCAGCCAUCUGAUCAUGGGGCUGGAACCAAGUCUGGUAAGCCAAAAAUAAAGGGGGUCUCAUUGACUGAGUUGUUUACUCCUGAGCAAGUCAGGGAACAUAUCACUGGCCUCAGGCGAUGGGUUGGCCAAAGCAAAUCAAAAGCAGAGAAGAAUCAAGCAAUGGAGCAUUCAAUGAGUGAGAACUCCUGUCAAUUGUGUGCUGUAGAAAAACUAACUUUUGAACCAUCCCCUAUUUAUUGCACAACAUGUGGUGUUCGGAUUAAACGAAAUAAUAUGUAUUAUACCAUGGGUACUGGUGAUACACGGCAUUAUUUUUGUAUUCCAUGCUAUAAUGAGCCUCGUGGAGACACCAUUGUUGUUGAUGGGACUCCUUUUCCUAAGUCAAGGUUAGAAAAGAAGAAAAAUGACGAGGAAACAGAGGAAUGGUGGGUUCAAUGUGAUAAAUGUGAGGCAUGGCAACAUCAAAUUUGUGCCUUAUUUAAUGGUCGAAGAAAUGAUGGUGGACAAGCUGAUUACACUUGCCCUAACUGCUAUAUUCAAGAAGUAGAAAGAAGUGAGCGCAAGCCCUUACCGCAAAGUGCUGUUCUUGGAGCCAAGGAUUUACCAAGAACAAUUCUCAGUGAUCACAUAGAACAACAAUUAUUUAGGAGACUAAAGCAUGAAAGACAAGAGAGGGCCCGACUUCAAGGGAAAAGUUAUGAUGAGGUGCCUGGAGCUGAAGCUCUUGUUAUAAGAGUUGUGUCAUCUGUAGACAAGAAGUUAGAAGUUAAACAGAGGUUUUUGGAGAUUUUUCAGGAAGAAAAUUACCCAACAGAAUUUCCAUAUAAAUCGAAGGUAAUCUUGUUGUUUCAGAAGAUUGAAGGUGUGGAAGUAUGCCUCUUUGGCAUGUAUGUUCAAGAGUUUGGAUCUGAAUGUCAAUUUCCGAAUCAACGGCGGGUUUAUCUUUCAUAUCUGGACUCUGUAAAGUAUUUUAGGCCUGAGGUUAAAGCAGUAACUGGAGAAGCUCUUCGGACAUUUGUUUAUCAUGAAAUUCUGAUUGGAUACCUUGAGUAUUGCAAGAAACGUGGUUUUACAAGCUGCUACAUAUGGGCAUGUCCUCCAUUAAAGGGUGAAGAUUAUAUUUUAUAUUGUCAUCCGGAAAUUCAGAAAACUCCAAAAUCUGAUAAGCUUAGGGAAUGGUACCUGUCCAUGUUAAGAAAAGCUUCCAAGGAGAAUAUUGUGGUUGAUCUCACCAACUUGUACGAUCAUUUCUUUGUAUCUUCUGGUGAAUGUAGGGCUAAGGUUACAGCAGCAAGGCUCCCAUAUUUUGAUGGUGACUACUGGCCUGGGGCUGCAGAGGAUUUGAUUUAUCAGCUUCGUCAAGAGGAAGAUGGAAGAAAACAAAAUAAGAAAGGAACAACUAAGAAGACUAUAACAAAAAGGGCUUUGAAAGCAUCUGGUCAGUCAGAUCUUUCUGGAAAUGCCUCAAAAGACCUUCUCCUAAUGCACAAACUUGGUGAAACCAUUUGCCCAAUGAAGGAAGAUUUUAUCAUGGUUCAUUUGCAGCAUGCAUGCACUCAUUGCUGUAUUCUAAUGGUGUCUGGCAACCGUUGGGUUUGCAGGCAAUGCAAGAAUUUUCAGAUCUGUGACAAGUGUUAUGAAGCAGAACUAAAGCGCGAAGAGAGAGAACAGCAUCCUAUUAACCAGAGGGAAAAACACACCCUUUAUCCUGUAGAAAUUACUGAUGUACCUGCCGAUACGAAGGACAAAGACGAGAUUCUUGAGAGUGAAUUCUUUGACACUAGGCAGGCAUUUCUGAGUCUCUGCCAGGGAAAUCAUUAUCAGUAUGAUACUCUAAGGCGGGCCAAGCAUUCCUCUAUGAUGAUUUUGUAUCAUCUUCAUAAUCCAACUGCCCCUGCAUUUGUUACAACAUGUAAUAUUUGUCGUCUUGACAUAGAAACAGGCCAAGGUUGGCGUUGUGAAGUUUGCCCUGAAUAUGAUGUGUGCAAUGCUUGUUAUCAAAAGGACCGUGGCGCUGAUCAUCCUCAUAAAUUGACAAAUCACCCAUCAAUGGCAGAUCGUGAUGCUCAGAACAAGGAAGCAAGGCAACUUCGAGUAUUACAGUUACGAAAAAUGCUUGAUCUUCUUGUGCAUGCAUCUCAAUGUCGUUCUGCCCACUGCCAAUAUCCAAAUUGUCGCAAGGUGAAGGGGCUUUUCCGUCAUGGGAUGCAUUGCAAAAUCCGUGCCUCUGGAGGUUGUGUUCUAUGCAAGAAAAUGUGGUAUUUGCUUCAACUCCAUGCUCGUGCUUGCAAGGAAUCUGAAUGCCAUGUACCACGUUGCAGAGAUUUAAAAGAACACUUAAGGAGGUUGCAGCAACAGUCUGAUUCAAGACGAAGAGCUGCUGUAAUGGAGAUGAUGAGGCAGAGAGCUGCAGAAGUUGCCAACAGUUCUGGAUGAGCAUUUUGAUGUUUGGAUAUGUACAUAUGGGAUGUUUUGGAAGAAUGCUCCUGACAAAUAUAGACAUUAGCUUUGCCCGUUCUCCAGUUAGACACUGCUGGAAACUAGGGCUUGACAUGGAUCCGGAUCAAUCCGACAAUCCGGUGAAUCUGAAUCAAUUCAAACUCAAAAUUCCAGAUUGGAUCGGAUUGAAAAAUUGCAAUUCUGAUUUGUUUGGAUUGCAUCACGGAUUUCACUUUGAAAAUCCUAUCUAAUCCUAUCCAUCAAAUUGCUUAGUAUUUUUUUAAAUAUUUGUUUAAUCUUUAGAGUUUGGGUUUUUUAGCCCAGCCCAAUUUAAUUGUAUUUUUUUUCACUUGGAUUGCAAACUUAAACUAGGAAAAAAUCCAUUGGAUCCAAAUAUGUUAAAAUUGAUUGGAUCGGAUUAAAAAAUGCCACAGAUCUGGUCCUAACAGACCCGUGUCCACCCCUGCUGGAAACCGUAUUUUGACCAGCUGUGCGUGGAUGGUUUCUAUAUGCAUGACCUGAUUGUUACCAUGAGGAUCAUAGAGUUCAACCAACUAGUGAUGCCUCAACUAACUAAUCAGGUCCAACUGGGUAUAACGGCGGUGGUGUCUUCGUAUGCUAGUCGAUUUGAUGAUUCUUUGAUAUAGUCAGCUUCUCGUGUUAUCUCUAAUGGUCAUUGUGUGGCAAUUUACUAUAGUUCUAAUUUGUCAAAAGUAUAUUACUUUCUUUUUUUCGCGGGGGCACUGCUAAGUCGCAUUUUGUCCUCGUCUUCUUUAAUGUUGACACUUUCUGUAGUACCUUUUUAUUUAAAGAUUAAGUAAUUAGUAGUUUCAGAAAUUUGUACUAGCCAACUCAAAGGGUUGGCGUAGGGGUGGAAGUUCUCGCUUCAUUCACACGAGUGAGAACAAUCUAUUUAGUGGGAGAACUCGUGUUUGAUUUUUACCAUUGUUAAAAUUUUUUUUGGUUAGUGAUA